UUGUUUCCUUGGUUCUAGUCGAAGACUGGUAAAUACAUACAUAUGCAGCGUCAUACACUCUCUAACAAUGGAAUUCCUGGACCAAAUCCUACUGAAACAGUUACUGGUGGAAAGACUCUGGAUUUGAGUAAAUAUGACAAGCUGAUUACUGAUGAUACAAAGAUUAAAAUUACUUCGAGGACUUUGUCGGCAGAACUCUGUUGUCCAAUUUGUUUAGAUUUAUUAACCUGCACAAUGACUACAAAGGAAUGUCUGCAUAGAUUUUGCUCAGAGUGCAUCACCACUGCUUUGAUGAGAGGUAACAAAGAGUGCCCAACAUGUCGUAAGAAGAUAGUUUCCAAACGUUCACUUCGUCCCGAUCCGAAUUUCGAUUUUUUGAUAAGCAAGAUUUGGCCUGAUAGAAAGCAAUACGAUGUUGAAUGUAAUGCAUCAAUGCAGCUAUUUCAAAAACAAAGCAAUGUUCUUUCACUACAACGUAGUAUUCAGGAGGGAACAAGAGCGCAAGCUGCUUGUCGAAAACAAAGAGUACAGGGUUCUUAUGAUUACGAAAAAAAAAGACGGAGACCUAAGACUACAAUAUUGGAUGGUAAUGACUCUCAGCAACAAUGUGAAGAAUUGUCUACUAGCAGUAUAACAGUCUCUUUGACUCCAGCUGCAUACUUGGAUAGUGAAUUGGAUAUACGAUGUUCUGAAUCUCCAAUUGAAUACAGUUUUGACGAAUCUGAAUCAACUAGCGAUUCGGGCGAGGAUUCUUCGUCGCUUUCAAGUGACAGCAGCAUUUCGUCUGUUUCUUCCACUUCUACAACUUCCUUCCAUAUUCAGAAACCAUUUUCAAACGUUGACGAUGGACAUCAAUUAGGGGAAAAUAUUGAGAAUAAUUUAGAAAAUAUGGCCGCGGAAAUGCGAAGACGUGGCGAUGAACUUGAUGUUGAGUUGGCACCAAGUAAGAGACUUAUUAAUUGCAGUUUGACCCCUUAUUUUUUGAACAACUCUCAUUAUAUUCGAACUUCUUCAGAUACAACUAUUUCGGCACUUAAUGAAUUUCUGAUGCAUUUAGCUAAUCAGACAAGUGGGUCUGUUCCAAAUCAAUUGACUGAUUCCAACACUACGGAUCAUGUCGAGUCCAACUUAUGUCGCAAUUCUAACAUUAAUCAAUUUUAUAUAGAUAGACGACAUCGGUUAUGUAAAAUCGACCCGUCUGAAAAUUUGGCAAAUAUUUUUUUCAAUUCAAUUAAUUGGGAAAAACAUUUGAUUAUUUUCUUUGAUUUGAAGUCAUCAAAUGAGUCAAGUUUGGAAUUAAAUGAAAUUAUUGGCGAGGAAUUAGCUAAUUAUAUUGAACGAUAUGCAAGAACCGAAUUAUUGGAUGUAACUGUUAUUUUAUUAUGA